AUGGAUUAUUAUGAUCUGCAAGAACCUGCACAACCACCGAUAACAACAUUUGAUAAUUUCUUUGAUGGCAACAAUGAUACAGACAAUGUACAAGAACAAUGUCGUAAUCAGUUUGUUCGAUCGAUUACGAACGAUAAAAUCUUAAUGAAAAUUAUUUCACCAUCAAUUCUUCAAUCAUAUACUAAUGAUUCGAUUCGAGUACUUUGUACGAUUAUUGAAAAAAAUUUUCAUGAUAAUCAAAUCCAAUGUCAAAAAGCAAUUGAUUUUAUUUCUCGUUGGUUAAUAUUAAUUGAUGAAGAUGAAAAAACAUCAUUUAAUUCCGCACCUGAUCGUAAUGUAUGGCAACUUGCUCAUGUUUAUACAUUACUUGAAUACGAUCAAAAUGAUCUACUUUCAUUAUAUUCUGCUUGUCGAAUAACAGAAAAUCUUGAUCGUAAUCAAUCAUUCUAUGAUGAUCUUUUAUUAGAUAAACAAAUUUCACGUUCAAAAGUUCGAGAAGAUUUAUUUAAAUUAAUGUUUCAUUGUUUAUGGACUAAUCUUUGUGAUAUAUGUCAAAAUAAUACAGACGAUGCUAAACAAUGGAUUCAUAGUUAUACAUUAAUAUCAAAAUAUUAUCCAUCAGAAAGAGUUUUACAAAGAUUAGUAUUUGUUCAUAUGAAAGUUAAAAUUGAAUUUAUGAAUUUAGUUUAUUUAAUUUUAUUGAAUGAAAAAACACCACAACCAAUUCAACUUAUUCAACAAUUAUUAAAUGAUACAUCACUUAUACAAGAUGAUAUUGAUGGUCGUCAUGUUCAAAUCGAAGGAUCAAGUUGUCUACAACUUUUAUCUUCUAUUAUUCAAACAAUUGAUCAACAUUUUCAAGCAAAUAAUGGUAAUAAUGGUACAUUAAUGAUGGAUAUUCAACAAUGGAUAAUUGCAACAUUAAAGAGUUCGAAAGGAUCAUCUAAUCAAGAAAUUAUUUCUAUAUUAAAAUUUUUAAAUCAAACUACAUGUCAUUUAUUAUUACCAAUGAAACAAUUUCUUUUUGAUGAAUUGAUUAAUAUUUUAAUUGAAAAUAGUCGACAAAAUCGUAUUAAUACUCAACGACAAUUUAAUGAUUUUUGGGAUCGUAUUUCUCUAUUGUCAGUAAUUAUGGAUUGUAUAUUAGAUGAAAAUCUUGAAAAUUAUCAAAUACCGUAUCAUCCAUUUGUCAUUAAAGAUGUUAAUCAAAAUCAUAUAAUAAUUGAUCUAUUCUUUUUUCAUCUUCGACGAUUAAUUACUGGUGAAAAAAUUCGAGUAGAUUUAAUAAAUAAAAUUCUUCUCGCAACUUUACCAAGAAUCAAUAACAUUCAACAAAUUUCUCUUGCUGAAAAAGUAUUCAAACAAUUAAAAGAAUAUUUUAUUUUACAGACUACAGCUUUAUUAUUAUGUCAGCCAGAUUUAGGUAAUGAAAAUCAACAAAGAAUUAAUGAUAUUCUUAGGACUGUUAUUGAUCAAUAUUUAAUAAUUCAAAUGCCUGUGGUUGAACUUAGUAAUUAUGUUCAACAUUUCUUGUCAAUUAUAAUUACCAAACAAUCAUGGAAUUAUCUUAUUGAUCUUCUUAAGUCAGAACGUCUUCAACGUUUAAAUUCUCGAUGGGCUGAUACGUUACAUGAUCUAUUUGUGAUUGAACAUAACACUCAACGUAAUAAAUAUUUAUAUUACAGUCAUCAAUUACAAUUUACAUUAACAAAUGAUCAAACGUCAUCUAUUUUUCCAGCAUUAUAUCAACCCUAUUAUGAAUUAACACAAUUAAUAGAUCAAUGUGUUCAAAAUAAUAAUAUUGAACAACGUUGGAUACCUUUAACUAAUUGGAUACAAUCGAAAUUAAAUUCAAAUCCACCUAUUGUUAAUGCUAUUGAAAUAAAAGUAAUGUUAUUGUUAAAUAUUUAUUAUAAUUAUUAUUGUAAUGCUAAAUUAAAUUCUCUUGAUCAUUUAUUGACUAUUAUUGAAAAUACACUUCAGCCAUGUGAUGAAGAAAAACGAGUAUUUCGUGCUCUUUUACAACCUGAACAACAUAUGAUUGGAUAUCCAAAAGAAAAUAAUCCUCAACAUACAAAUUAUCUCAAUGAUCUAUUUAAAGUUGAUUAUCAAAAUGCAGAUCAAUUACCUAUUCGUCAUACACUUGUUAAUCUUUUAGCAAUGAUUUUACUCAGUGGAAAAGAAGAGACUCUUUGGACAUUUACAUUUGAACCAUUGAAACUUGAGAAUACUUAUGGUUUUGCAUCAACUGCAACUAGACCUAUUGAGCGUAAUGGCGUUCAUUAUGACUGCGGAUGUAUAUUAUCUCCAACUGGAGAAUUAGAACAACGUUUUGGGGGAAAUGGAUUCAGUAUUCCAGCUGUUUAUAUUGCUUUUUUUGCUACCUUUGGUGCUAUGGCUUGGCAUUUAUUAUUAUUUGAGCCAUCUGUAGAAAAUCUUUGUCAUCCUAUUCUUGCUAAACAUGCCGUUGAACGUACAGCAGUAGACGCCGGUAUGCAUAAUCAAAAUCUUAGACAGCAAGUGUGUUUUUUUGUAUGUACUCGAUUGUUAUCAUCAAAUUUCUUUCUCUCACAAAAAUCUAAUCAAGAUGAUACCUGUAUUUUAUUUAAUCGUUGUUUUGAAUUACUUGCUCAACAUAGUCGUCAACUAGAUCAAAAUCCAUGGAUUAAACCAUUUUAUGGGACAAAUAAUGACAAACUUCAAGCUGAAAAUGAAUUUCAAAACAAAAUUUUCUAUCCUACACAUCAAAAAUUAGCCGAUUAUAAAAAAAUAAUUGGUACUAUACAAUCACAAUCAGAACAACAGACGAAAUUACAAAAUUACAUAUCUGAAAUGCCAAUUAUAAUUGAAAUGAUUCAUUUUAAGACAGAAUUAUGCAAUCCAGAAACAACACGAUUACCUUUAACAAUUUUAAGACGAUUACUUGAUUCAUUUGAUUUUCUUCAAAUGACUCGAUAUAUUUUUGCAUUAAGUCAAUUUCAUAUCCUCUUACAUCGCACUUUUACUCAAUUAAUUGAACGAGAAGAAUUUCAUGCAAUUACAUUACAACAACUGUACGAACGAGCUUCUCAGUCUUCAAGUCGUUUACGUCAACAAAAUGAAGAAAAUAAAUAUAAAACAAUUAUUGAAAAUGGAAUCGAAGCUGUUAAUGCUUAUCAUGCAUUUUCUGGUGGACAAAUUCAACCAGGUGCUUGUGAUCUUACUCAACGUUUUGAAACUAUUUCAAUGGAAACACCCGUCAGCUAUCUUGUUGAAACAGAUAAUUAUGAUGAAGGAGAUAUUGUUAUGCGUAUACUAAGUGUUCUCGUCAACUUCCAUAAUAAUCUUCUUGAGUUACUUCGACGAGAAUUAUCCGAACAUGGUGAUACUCUUGGUUUAGGUCUGUUGAAAGAUGUUGUUCUUGAAUUGUGCGAAAGAGAAAUAUCUGUUGUACAAAUCUUUCAAGAAAAUAUGGGUGUUAUUCGAUUGAUUAAAACUGAUUGUCAAUGGAUUGAACAAUUAUCUCGUGCAAGUCUUGAAAAUCAAAACAAUUAUUUUCUAAAAUUGAAUACACCAUUAGAAUUUAAUUUUCUCUAUGUUCAAUCAUAUCUUAUUCGAAUGUAUUUACUGUAUUCUCGUAUUAAUUAUCAACAUAUCAAAGGAAAAUAUCAAUGUUAUAUUCGACGAAAAUUACCAAUUACUACCAAUGAUCUUCAGAUCAAUGAUGAUAAUAAUAAUAUAGAUAUGAAUUCUGAUAUUCUGUCAGACGAUGAAUGGAGUCAUUUUGAACAAAAGAGUCUUGAUCAGCUUCAGAAUGAAUUAAAUUUUCUUCAACGAACUAUGAAUGUUCUUAAAGAUUCGAGUGAAAAUUAUUCAUCAAUGAAACUUUCAGAAUUUGUUCAAAAUACAAAUUAUGAUCAUCAAUUGGCACAUCAGUUUGAACAAUAUCAAAUUAAAGAUUUUACUUUAUCACAAAUAAAAAAUGUCUAUCAAUUAUAUGAACAAUCAAUCCGUCAAGUUCAACAUGCAUAUAUCAAUGUAUCACAUUUAAUUCGUGUUCUUCUAGAUAAAAACCUUAACGAUGAACUUGAUCAUAUAUUAAAAUUAUCUUUCAUCCAUUCGAAUGAUCAAACUACGAAAGAAGAAUUUCAAGCUAAAAUACGCGUGUUAACAGAAUUUUUAAAUGAUCUAAAAGAUGUAGAAUGUCAGAUGGAAGGUCAAUGGGCGAAAUCAUUUACAGAAACAUGCAAAAUUUUAUGUAUUGAAAGUCCCCUUAUGGAACUCAUACCUAAAGAAAUAAAAUGUGAAAACUAUGUUCCCUUAUGUCUGAAAUUCAUUGAAAUACGAUCUCAAUUACAAGAACGAAUGAUUAAUAUUGAAGAAAAAACUAUUAAUCUCUGGAAUGCUCAUUUAGAUAUUCCCAAUACAGAUCAACCGAAAGAAAAUAGUUUUAAUGUAUUUCGAAAUAAGGAUGAUGAUUUCCUAUCAUUUAAUACAACACUGAUUUCUACAACAGAUCUAGAACCUUCCAAUACUCCAGAACCACCUACGACUACUACAACGACAGGUAUUUUUGAUUGGUGGACGAUAAUUGAUAUUCCAGGCGUUCCUGGGCCAUCGAAACUUCUAGCUAUACCGACACCAGCAGUCAAUGAGAGUACAAUCAAUUAUACAGCUCUAUUUAAAUUAAAAAUAAUAUCGAUUUUAUUAACACCAUCAGUCCUAUUUAAAAAUUGUCAAACACAAUUAGAAAAAUUAGCAUCAAAAACAGUUAAUUCACGUUUUUGUAUUACAUUUAAAGAUGGUAAACAAGCAAAAUACCAUUGUAAGCCAGAAAAAUUGUAUACACAAUUGAAAAAAAUCUUUGAUGAGAAAAAAUAUAAUUUAAAUACAGUUUGUAUUAUUGAUUCCAAUCAUAUAUUGGUUGACUUUGUGAAAACAGAUGUCAACAAUUCAUUACCUAUUAUAGAGACAGAAUAUUAUAUUAAAGAAAAAGCAUUACUAAUUUCUAUUAUAAUAGAAUAUAAUAAUAGUCAUUUCGAAUAUUUUGCUGCAGCUGAAACAACAAUUACUUCGAUUCUUACGCGUUUUAUUCUUGAUCAGCAAUUGAAAUUUACACUACCAGAAACUUAUUUUAGUGUAUUUGACUCACUUGGACGAUAUAUUGCUGAAGAUGGUCAACUGAAUACACUUUAUCGAGCCGAUGAACAAAGUCCAAUUUACAUUCGAAUUUUUCAAUGUAGUCAAGAUAAAAAUAUUUGCUAUAAAAUAACUAUAGUAGAAGGUCAAGAUGAAACACAUCAUCAACAUUUUAAUCCAACUACAACUUGGCAACAAAUUAGUUUAUGGACGAAAAUUCUCAAUAACAAGACCGAAACACCAGUUGAUAAAUAUUAUUUCUGGAAUACAGAACAAAAGCAUAUUAUUAAUGAAGAUGAAGCAAUAUCAUUUACAGUUGGUCAAGUUGAAUCGAUUAUUGUUGAUGUACUCAAUGGAGAAAGUGUUAUAGAUAUAAAUCUUUCUUAUGAUAAAAAUAUUCAAACAAUACAUCUUCUUAAUUCAUGUCCAGUAUCGAGUCUUCUAAAUAAUCCAAAAUAUCUUCAACAAUUAGAUUUAAAAAUAUCAUCUCAAGAUUGUACUUUAGUUUUCAUAUUAAAUGAUUCUGAAAAACAAAUUCUUGAAAAUUUCGAUAUGGAAAAUCCAAUUAGUCAUUAUGCAUCAAUGACUGAUAAAAUUGUUCAUUUUCAAAUAUGUAUUCUUAUUCAAAUAAUUGAAUAUGAUAAUCAAAAAGAAAUACCUAUUCCUAUUUCUCAUCGAAAUAUAACAAUAAAAGAGUUAUUUGGAAUGAUUGAAAUCAAUGAUACUGAUUAUAAAUAUCUAGCAUCUUAUGAAACAAAAUUUAUCUUAUCCAAUGAUAUAACAUUAUCCACAAUAAAUGAAACGAAAUUUUUCCUUGCAAAAGAAAAUCAAACAUGUGUCGUAUCUAUUCAACAAGCUGAUGAUGUCCUAAUUGCAGUUGAUGAUGAAAGUAUGCAAAAUCAACGAUAUCUUAUCAAUGCUACUAUGAAUGAUGUCUAUAAACAAAAUAAAACUAUUGAACAAGAUCAAUAUCUUCUUUAUGGUUCUGAUUUCAUUCCAUCACGUGAAAUGCCACUGAAUUUAUUUUUAUCUAGUACAAUUUCUUUAAUUGAAUUUAAGUUAAUCUUCCAUAAAUUACAAGCAAAUGUUACUGUAAUUUGUGAUGAACAGGAAAGUUCAAUUGUAUUUCAAUGUGAACCAAAGAUGACGAUUGGUCGUGUUCAAGAAAUAGCAUGUCAUUUAUGGAAACUAAACAAACAGUUAUAUUGUGUAACACUUUCAGAUGAUUCGAGAAUUGAUGAUGAUGAAGAAUCAUUAAGUGCGACUGGUGAAUCCCUCGAUAAUCUACAAUUGAAAUUAAUUUCAAUAGCUGAUCUUAAAUGUGAGAUAAAUUAUCAAAAUAGAGUCAUCACCAUUUCAACCAUUAAUGGAACAUGUUUAUCAUUGAUUAUGAAAGAAACUUUGGAAAAAUUCCUGAUUUCAUUAGAUGAUAUUGAAAUGUAUGAAUUAAAAAUAUUGGAUGAUCCAGAAUGUCCAACAACUGUCGAUCUUGAUUCAUCUAUUGAUGAAAUUUUUCUUGACGACUUUCGAAUUAAAUCCGAAACAGUACCAUUUCUGUUAGUAAAGAAAAGUACUGAAGAUUAA